AUGGGUCUCGGCGCAACGAUAAUCGCGAUCUGUCUCGCAAUCGGCACUGGUCUCGUCAUCUUCAACGUCACCCUCGGUUUUGGCAAGGAUCAGUCAGACGUUGAUCCAGCAGUCGUACCGACGAUCGCCCUUACUGGAACCAUAUUUGGCAUCUUCGGAGUUCUAUCUGCAUCAUGGAGCAAAACGUCAUUCGCCCUGACACUGAUACGAUUGGUUGAUGACUGGAUGAGCUGGUUUCUCUGGUUUCUCAUCAUCUCGACAAACAUCAUCAUGGACCUGGUUAUUGUUUUCUCUUUCGUCAAAUGCACGCCUGCAAAGAAGGUCUGGCAUUCGAAUUUGCCUGGAACGUGUUGGAAUCCAAUGGUUGCGACAUACUAUAAUAUCUUUGCUGGGGCGUUCUCAGGGCUAGUGGAUCUGAUUCUCUGUGUUAUUGCUUGGACGAUUAUCUGGAAACUGUCCAUGAGGACACGCGAGAAAAUCGGUGUUGGGAUUGCUUUGACCUUUGGUGUCUUUGCCGCCGCCGCAGCAGCAGCUAAAUGCUACAAGAUGCUUGGCCUCAGCAGCAAGAAUCGAACUCUGGACAGAGUUGGCAUCAUCAUAUGGAGUACUACCGAGUGCACAGUCACCAUCAUGGCAGCCUCUAUUCCCGUCAUGCGUAUUCUCAUACUGCGCGUCUACCGCCGGACUCCUGAACUAGUAUCGAAUCGACCUCUGCGCACUCUUCGUAUUAUCAGCACAAGGGCCAAGAGAGCUUCAACAAACUACACGAUGCCAAGCUAUAAUACAGAAGAAGGUACCAAUAUGCUGACCGAAGACGGCCUUCGAGACCUAAGUCUGCCAUCGCGGACAAUAUCAGCAAGACAGAAUGAUAUAGACAUAAUUAUAGAGACACCUACAUACUUUCAGGACCGUCGACGUAACAUCCCUAAUUAUUCAUGCGAGUUCAGUUCUGUCCUUGGCACCCAAGCAUACCGCCGUGGUGAGCUUCGAAGUCGUUCCCCAAAAGCUGCCAAACUAAGCUGA